AUGACUGAAGAAGAAGAAGUAAUCUACGUAGAAUAUGAGGAAGAAGAUAGUUCUUCAUCAAGUGUUGAACUCGAUUUUGGCCCAACAACUGUCUCUGUAGGCCCGAGAGUUGUCUCAGACGAAGAAAUUCAGAAAAUGGCAAUGAACCAACUCAAAAAAGAUUACCAAGUUAAUAUGAAUUCCGCUACUGACGAUAGAAUUGUACGCGACUAUUAUACAAUAUCCAGGAGAAAACCAAGCGAACUUGGAUUUUCAGUAAAGCCAUAUAUGAAUGAUAUUAGAACUUGGGAAGUUCAUUUGUUCGGUUUCGAUAAGAAAGACCCAAUUUAUGCUGAUAUUCAAAAAUAUAAGAAACAAACAGGAAAAGAUUAUAUCGAAUUAAGGGUUUCAUUUCCACCUGAUUAUCCGAACAGACCACCAUUCUUACGUGUUAUUUCUCCUCGUUGCGUUUCUCAUGGCGGAAGAGUAACUCUCGGUGGCGCAAUUUGCGUAUCUGCUCUCACUUUGACAAAUCAAAAUGGCUGGAGCCCAAUUUACGACUUUGAGUCCUUGUUCAUGAACAUUAUCGCAGAAAUGCUUAACUGCGAACCACCUCUUAGAAUUGACUUUAAUAACGACACUCCUUACUCUACUCGUGAGGCUAUCGACUCAUUCAUGCGACUCACAUCUGACCAUGGAUGGAAAGCUCCGCAAUUUAAUUGGCAACCUAAAUAA